UCUUCCCCUUCACUACACAUUUGAAAUUUCAAAAUCCCAUCUUGACAUUGGAGAUAUAGAUACCCCACGCAAGAAUAUUAAAAAAAAAAAAAAAAGGCUCAAGAUUUCGAAUCCCAUUAAACACCGCCAUCCCAAUUCUCCAGGUGGGAUAUCAAAAACAGUAAUCUAACUGCUCCUAUACGUAGUGUAAUGGUACUUUAACAAGAAAAGGCUGGGAUUUUUCAGCUCAGUACUAGCAUUCAUUUCAGUUUCACCGAUUGCCCAAUUCAGGUUCUUGGGUUCAUUGGAAGUGGAUGUAAAAGUGAUUUUUUUGAGUAGUUAUUAUGUCCCUGCUGAGUAGAUUCUUUCACAGAAGACCGCCAGAUGGCUUGCUUGAGUUUGUUGAUAGAGUAUAUGUGUUUGAUUCAUGCUUUACGACUGAAGUAUUGCCUGAGGACAUGUAUCAGUUGUACUUGCAUGAAAUUGUAAAUGAAUUACAUGAGGGAUUCCCCGAGUCAUCCUUUCUUGCUUUUAACUUCCGGGAAGGUGAGAAGAGAAGCCAAUUUGCAGAAAUAUUGUGUGAAUAUGAUGUGACUGUCAUGGACUAUCCGAGGCAAUAUGAGGGUUGUCCUCUCUUGCCGUUGUCAUUAGUUCAUCAUUUCCUUCGAGUUUGUGAGCAUUGGCUUUUGGUUGGUAACCAGCAGAAUGUAAUCUUGCUUCAUUGUGAGAGAGGGGGUUGGGCACUUUUAGCAUUCAUUUUAGCUAGUUUCUUGGUUUUUAGAAAGUUGCAUAGUGGCGAGAGGAAGACUCUUGAAAUGGUUUAUCGAGAGGGUCCAAAAGGUCUGUUACAGUUGUUAUCACCGCUAAACCCAUUCCCAUCACAGCUUCGUUAUCUCCAAUAUCUCUCAAGACAAAAUAUUUCUCCGGAGUGGCCUCCCCCUGAACGAGCACUCUCUUUGGAUUGUCUGAUUCUUCGUUCCAUCCCAAGGUUUGAUAACCAAAAGGGCUGCCGUCCAAUUAUUCGUAUUUUUGGUAGAAAUCAUCUUAGUAAGGAUGGUCUAUCAACGCAAAUGCUCUAUUCGACAAGCAAGAAAAAGAGAAAUCUUCGACAUUACUGUCAGAAAGACAGCGACGUGAUUAAGAUUGAUAUUCAGUGCUUGGUGCAUGGGGAUGUUGUAUUGGAAUGCGUUCAUUUUGAUUUGGAACCAGAAAGAGAAGUUAUGAUGUUUCGUAUAAUGUUCAAUACAGCUUUUAUUCGAUCUAACAUCUUGGUUCUCAACUGUGAGAAUUUGGAUAUCCUUUGGGAUUCAAAGGCACGGUAUCCAAAAGGUUUUCGAGCUGAGGUGCUAUUUGGUGAUGUAGAAAGCAUCUCUCAUCCAAAACCUCCAACUACUAUUUUAGAUGGUGAAGAAACCGGUGGCCUUCCUAUCGAAGCUUUUUCUAGAGUUCAAGAACUUUUUAGUGGUGUGGAAUGGGCAGACACUGGUGAUGAUGCUGCUCUAUGGUUGCUCAAACAAUUAUCUGUCUUGAAUGAUGUGAAAGAUUUAUCACUAUUUCGGAGUAGAAUGAAUGGAUAUUCAUCACCUUUGGACUCUGAAGAUGAAAAUAAUGCCUCUAGUAUUGCUGAUAGUCUGGAUUUUCUGGACUCUGAGAAGGCUAACGAUCGAAGUUAUGGUGGUGCAGCAGAGGUGAAUUUUUCAGAUGAUCCUCUUUCUCAUGAUUAUAUGUCAGAUGAAGCUUCUGAUCGAAAGCCUGCUGAAAAUUCAUUGGAGCCAUCGACUCGAGAAGCAGUUGAUCCAAUUCAUUCACCUUCCCAAGUUGAUAGUCAUGUCAGCGUUGGUGGUGAUUCUGAAAUUACAAAUGAAGUGCAUGGAUCAAGUAUGGAAACUUUGUCCUGCCAGCCUUCUGGAUUGCUUCCUUCAUUAUCUUCCUCUGCUCUUUCAAGUGCAAUAGAUCCUCAGUCAUCACCACCCCCUCCCCCACCACCUCCACCACCACCUCCUUUUGGUACUUCUAGUAAUAGAAAAACUUCUUCACUGUCUCAACCACCACCACCUCCACCUCCCCCACCUCCUAUGGUCUCUAGAAAAGUGAUUUCUCCAUCCCUUGCUCCACCUUCACCUCCUCCUCUUCCUCCUAAUCAUUCUGGUAAAGGGCCUCCACCUCCACCCCCACCCCCACCCCCACCCCCACCCCUAUCCAGCUUUCCUAGUAGUUCUAUUAAGACAACUCCACCACCUCCACUCCCACUUAUUAGUUCGAGUACAGGACCUCCAGUACCAGCCCCUCCUCCUCCUCCUCUACCUCCCUCCAAUAAAAUUGCAAAGUCUCUGCGGCCGCCACCGCCACCACCACCACCCCCUCCUCCUAAAGCCACUUCAUCCAUCUCUUCACAGACAUCUCUAGCCUCACCUCCAACACCACCACCUCCUCCUCCUUCCAUCUCUUCGAAAGGACCUCCACCGCCUCCCCCACCUCCUCCUCCCAUCUCUUCCAAAGGAUGUCCACCACCUCCACCAAUUUCAUCCACCAGCAGAUCAGCAUCAUUCUCACCAGCACCUGCACCUGCACCUCCACCUCCGCCUCCACCACCUGCUCCAUCUUUUGGCAAUGCCAAUAAGCCCAAAACUGCACCUCCUCCACCUCCACCACCUGCUCCCUCAUCUCUUGGCAAUGCUGGUAAACUUCCAGCACUGCCCCCUACACCUCCUCCAGGUGCUCCACCACCUCCUCCACAAGCGCCAAAACCUCCUGGUGCUCCCCCACCACCUUUGGGGCGUGGUGCAGCACCAGCUCCUCCUCCACCGCCUGGUGGAAAGAGUUCCAGUGCUGCUCCGCCACCACCACCAGCUGCUGGAAGGGGAAGAACACUUUCAGGAACUGGUCAUGGCAGAGGUCGAGUUUCCACUGGUUCUUCAAUUCCCCCAAAGAAAGCUUCACUGAAGCCUUUACAUUGGGUGAAAGUUACGCGAGCAAUGCAGGGGAGCUUAUGGGCUGAUUCUCAGAAGCAAGAAAAUCAGUCAAGGGCGCCAGAAAUUGAUAUAACAGAGCUUGAAAGUCUGUUCUCAGUGGCUUCUGCUUUGGAUGGUAAUAAGGGUGGAGGUCGGCGUGGUUCUAAAAUUAACAAACCAGAGAAAGUGCAACUGGUUGAUUUGCGCAGAGCCUACAACUGUGAAAUUAUGCUUACAAAAGUUAAGAUUCCACUGCCAGAUAUGCUUAAUGCUAUUUUGGCUUUGGACUCAUCAGCCCUGGACAUUGAUCAAGUGGAGAAUCUUAUAAAAUUCUGUCCUACAAAAGAAGAGAUGGAAACAUUGAAGAACUACAAUGGGGACAAGGAAAUGCUUGGGAAGUGUGAACAGUUUUUCUUGGAGCUUAUGAAGGUCCCACGAGUUGAAUCCAAGUUAAGAGUCUUUUCAUUUACAAUUACAUUUUCCAGUCAGGUUAAUGACUUGAGAUCCAACCUGAAUACAAUCAACGAUGCUACAAAAGAGGUGAAAGAAUCUGCAAAAUUACGCCAGAUAAUGCAAACAAUUUUAACUUUGGGUAAUGCUUUGAAUCAGGGAACGGCUAGAGGAUCUGCUGUUGGAUUUAAAUUGGAUAGUCUUCUUAAAUUGUCUGAUACUCGUGCCAUAAACAACAAAAUGACCCUGAUGCAUUAUCUCUGCAAGCUUCUUGCUGAGAAAAUGCCAGAGUUAUUGGAUUUUGAUAAGGAUCUUGUUCAUUUGGAAGUUGCAUCCAAGAUCCAACUUAAGUCCUUGGCGGAAGAAAUGCAAGCAGUAAGCAAAGGUCUUGAAAAAGUUGAGCAGGAACUCACAGCAUCUGAGAAUGAUGGUGCAAUAUCCUUAGGCUUUCAGAAGGUCUUGAAGAAUUUCCUUCAUACUGCUGAGGCCGAAGUUAGGUCACUGAUUACACUUUACUCUGAAGUGGGAAGAAAUGCUGAUUCAUUAUCCCAGUAUUUUGGAGAGGAUCCAGCACGAUGCCCCUUUGAGCAAGUUACACAAAUUUUGGUAGUGUUCACAAAGAUGUUUAAGAAAGCACGUGACGAGAAUGAACAUCAGGCAGAGGCUGAAAAGAAGAAAAUGGUGAAGGAAGCAUUGAAGGAACAAGCAGCUAAUUCUUCAGCCAAGAAAGAGAGUGUUGAUGCUGAUAGACCAAAGUUCUUAAAAGAAAUCAAAGACAGGUUCCAUAAUUAAUUUGGUGCAAUUCAGCCACAAGGAAAUAGAUAAUGCUUUAAUGGAGUUGAGGACAGGAAAAUGCUGGAAAUCGUCUUAUCAUUGCUAUUGCGGCAGACAAACUUCCAUUCAUAUUUCGCGUCCUUUACAGGCUGUGAAAAAUGCUUGAUAGCGGGAAGAUUGAUUACUGCUGCUUGCACCUGACUUAGCAUCAGUUUAUAUGGUCUAUUUGUAGUGUUGUUGUAGUACAUAAGUUGGCAUAGUUUAGUCAGCUUAAAAGCAAAUUUACAUUUUCUUUUUGUUAGAUGGAUUUAGUUACAUGAUAUAUACGAAUGUAGCAAAUUGAGAGGGUCCUCUGUGAUCUGGAGGCUGCUCUGUGUUGUUCAUAUGAUGCUGUACAUGAGAAGUCAUAGAAAAGGAAGGUAUAGCUGAAUAGGAAACAGAAAACCAUCUUACCCUUUGAAUGCCUCUUUUAUCUUGGGCACUCUUUCUCCUCCAUUUCCAUUUCUUUCUCCCAUGGGUAUGUGCAGACUUUAUGCUUGAUGCCA